AUGUCUAAACUCUCAGCCGCGACCCCCUCAAACCCAACCAAUUUGCCGUCGAGGUAUGAGAUCCGGAAAUUGACCACUGAGGACUUACCAUGGGUGUUGGCCAUCAUGCUUCAUUCCAACAUCUUUUGCUCAACGGUCUGGUCACUCACGUAUCCCAACAAUAAGACGGAACGACUAUACCGCUGCUUCGGAAAGGGGGAAUAUUUCGCAAAGCAUCAGGUGGAGUCUGGCCAUAGCUUUGGGGUCUUUGAUCUCGAGUAUAAAUUCAGAAGGGAGGAGAGCAGAGCCACCGGUGGUAAGCUUUAUUGGGAUUUCAAGACGUUGGACAUCGGAGCGGACGAAUUGCUUGAGCAAAUGGACUUUCCACUUCUCGGUAUCGCGCUCUCUUACGACCAAAUCAACCCAUUGGAUUAUCCGCAAAUGGCCGAUUUUGUUGGUGAGCUGCCCCUGUUUGGAACGGCUUAUCAUGUGCUCGAGGAGCUCGACCCGCGCGAUGAAUCGUGGCGUGCGACUGGGCCGAACCAGGUCCUCAUGCGCAACGGCACAAGCACUCGACAUGAUGGCGAAGGAGCGCAACUCAUGUCGAAUCUGGCUCGUUUCGUCAUGCGAUAUGCCGCCGACCAAGGAUUUCGUGGCGUUCAGAUCGAAACCUUUGAUGAUCGCGUUGAGAAAGUCUGGUCUGAGCCACCGCCACCCUUCAAAGCAAAGCGGAUCUCGUCAUUCAAUAACUGGGAAUAUACUGAAGACGAAGAGGUCGAUGGAACAGUUGGGAAGAUCUAUCCGUAUGGGGCCUCUCAUCAGACCAUCAGCAAAAUCUACGUCGACUUGAUACCUCAUGGUCAGUAG